AUGGGAAGGCAAGAGUUGCGGAACAUUCUGGCCGAGACCAGGGCCUUGAGAGAGAGCGUGGAUGUGGAUGCUUUCAGACUUCAGCUCGCCGCCUUCGAGGCCUGCGUGGAAGAGGCUUUGGACCCGCUGUCUUCGCAUCCGAAUCCACCUUCCUUCACCCAUCGUUCGACGUACACCCCGAGUUUUCUCCAGGCCUGGCUCACCAACAAGAAGAACGAAAUCGCAGAUCACGCAGCAUUUUUGAAGAAAUACCGCUGUCUUCGCAUCCGAAUCCACCUUCCUUCACCCAUCGUUCGACGUACACCCCGAGCCUGGCUCACCAACAAGAAGAACGAAAUCGCAGAUCACGCAGCAUUUUUGAAGAAAUUUUCUGACGCGAAAGUGGAAAUCCGUGACUUCCCAUCCCCGCUGCAAGUGAACGAAACCGCGCCGUUCUUCCUUUUUCUGUAUAAAGCCAUCGACCCAAGUGAUCCCAUUCUGGAAUCCUCGACGAUUCGACCCCCCGCAGAGACCUCCACAGCGUCCUCCAUCUCCCAGAACCGAUUCCAGAUCCUCUCCGCUUACCAGCACCUAUUCCUCCACUACCGCCGAGCCCAGCGACAUCCCGAAAUGAAGUUCCUGGCAGGCGAGACCCCCGACCCCCUUGGAGAUCCUUGCACGAUGCUCUUGAGCGAAGGCGACGGCCUUGCCCCUCGCGUCUUCAUCCCUCCGGGCAUGCCUCUGGACGUCGCCGUUCAGACAGACGGAGCAGCCGCUCGAGUGCAUUGGGAAGCACCGGCCAUCGGAUCGGUCUCCGUCAGCGAAUUCCGUGUCGGAUUCAGAGCCGACAGAAACCCACCCGAGGCUUGGAAAUACGUAUCGGUGACGUCAUCACCGGCCUGGGUCGACGGACUCGUCCCAGGAGAAAGGUACAUUUUUAAGGUGAAUGCCUGCAGCCGCCUCGGCCACGGCCCUUCCGGCCGGGCGGUCUCUUUCAGCUUUGACUCGAAUCGGAGUUGCGAUCGUCCGGCUGCAUUUUCCUCUGCACCGAUUUUUCCGUCCGAAAGUACUUUUAAAGACCAGAAGCCAGUUCUCGAGCGUGGUGCAUCUUUUGAGAGAAGACCCGCGAGGCACCUGAUGCGAACGGGGAUUUGCACGAGACAAGGUAAGCCUUCCCUCUACGAAAUUCGUUGCGAGGAAAUCAGCCGAGACGAAGGCAGUCGAACUGCGAGAUUGGUCCUGCCGUUCGACUCCAUCGAAAGUGAGAAAGACGAAAAAGUGAUCCUCCUUCUCGGUGCGACUGGAACAGGGAAGAGCACUCUGGUGAACGCCGUCGUGAAUCACUUCUACGGCGUGGAAUACGAAGACCCGUUCCGUUUGGUUUUGAUCCCGGAAACGGAAGGCGUGAGGGCGUCGCAGUCCCAGACGACUUGGGUCACGGCGUACGAGUUGCCGUGGCAAGAGGGAUGUCGCGCGCCGUACGGUCUCACGAUCGUGGACACCCCCGGGUUCGGGGACACGAAGGGAUUGACGGGGGACAAGGGCAUCACGACCCAGUUGCAAAAAUUCUUCGGCGGGGGAGGGCUGAAGCGGGUCGACGGGAUCGGGUUCGUGGUGCAGGCGUCGAGUGCGAGGCUGACCCCGACGGAGAAAUACAUCUUCGACUCCGUUCUUUCGGCGUUCGGGAAGGACGUCGCCGGGAACAUUUACGUGAUGGUCACGUUCGCCGACAAUCGCUCGCAGCCCGUCCUCGAGGCCAUCAAGGACGGGAAGAUCCCUCACGUGGACUCCUUCCCCUUCAACAACUCCGCCCUGUACGCCCGCAACGACGAAUCCUCGGACAGCCGCAUCGACUCCAUGUUCUGGAGGCUGGGCGCGGCCGCCUUCUCCCGAUUCUUCGAGAGGUUCCGCGAAUCCACGGCGGUGAGUCUCAGUCUGAGUGCGGAGGUCUUGAAGGAGAGAGCGGCGCUCGAGGCGAUCAUUCGCGGCAUCCAGGAUCAAAUUCAAGGCGUCCUGAACAUACUGGCUGAGAUCAGCGAGGAAAAGGCCGUUCUGGAGAGAAGACGAGCAGAAGUGGAAGCGAAGAAAGACUUCACUUACGAGGUGCAAGCGCCGAAGGUGAGGAAGAUGGACCUGAAGGGCGACCUGGCGACCAAUUGCUCGAAGUGCAACAUCACGUGCCAUUUCCCGUGCAAGCAGCGACGCGGCGACGUGGAAUUGCAGUGCGAGGUCCUGGACCCGUUCACGGGUCGUUGCAUGGUGUGCCCUUGCGACUCGAAGCGGCACGUCAGCAGGCCGUAUCGCUUGGAGACCUACGUCGAGAAGGAAAGCAGGAACCUGAAGGACUUGCGAGCAUCGCACCGAGACGCAGGAACGGCCGAGGACUUGUUGGGGGCCUUGAGGAAGAGACACUCGGAGAGCCGGUCCAGGGUCCUUCACCUCCUCGCAAGGGCACACGAGAAGCUCCAGAGACUGGAGGAAAUCGCCUUGAAGCCCAACCCCAUCACGAUCACCGACUACGUGAAACUGCUGAUUUCGUCCGAGAAGCACGAGGGGAAGCCCGGCUGGAUGGAGCGAGCCAAAAUUCUCCAGGAAAUCGGGGAACGCAUCGCAAACGAAAAGACGGCCGACGAACGAGGAAGCGUUCCCUUCGAGGAACCGAAUAAAAAUCGAACCGAACUGAAGCCUCGUGGCGCUCAUGCGCCCGGGGAAAAUCUUGUGACACCCAACCACAAGAAUGGAGAAAAUGCAAAAACGGAGGAACAAAUGAGGAAUCUUCAGCAUCAGGCUAUUCCAAAGGUGAAGACAACUCCAUCGGUCUUGGUCGCGGACAAGCUCCUCGCGAAUGUCCCCAUCAGCCAUCCAUCAAUGUUCAAAGAGCAGUACGUUCUCUAUCGCGUGGACCUAGGGGUGGCGGCGUCUGUCCAAGAUGCAUGCGCUGUGGAGGUCAUGCUCACCGGGACGUCGGCGGAAAGUAUUGGAGAUUUCUUAACUGGUUUCCUGAACAUCAUAUUGGGGGUGGAGUGGUCGACCCCACAUCGGUAUCGCCUUCAGAAUGAACUUCGUCCCGAGAGUCAUGUCUCGGUUCUUGAAAUUCCGUUUUCCAGCGAAAAUAGAACCAUUCUGCGAAUUAUCGUCAUUCCUCCCGGCGCGCAGGCGAUCGAGACGAAAGCGCUCUUUUCAGUCGGCGAUCACCCGUCUGCCGUCUGGAUUGCAACAUCCGGCACCAAGAAGGAAGUGAUGCCGGAUCUCUUGCACGACAAGAUACGUCAGCACGUGAGCAGGACACCCACCACCAUCCGCGGACUGAUCACGCGGUCUGACGGUGCCAUGCCUCCUUACUUCAAGGAGCUGGGGAUCAGAUGCGAAGAACUCUAUUAUUUCAAUUCCUCCAUGCUUCCCGACUCCAUGGAGGAUUCCUAUAAUGUACCCUGCUUUCCUGCAAUUCCAUUUCCACAAACCCCCAUCCUUCUAUUAAUUGAAGUUCUGGUGUACCUAGAGCAUUUGACGCAUAUUCCCAAAAUGGAUGCAGAGAAACAAGGGGACGGGGCUCUGGAAACCCCCGAAACAGCAGACCUGCUCCACUUGGGCCGAAGCUCACCGAGAACAAUGCCCGGUGACCCUUCUCAUGGGUCGGAUCCCCUUUCUCCAGUCCACAACCCUCAGGCGCAGACGAUGGCAGACCCGGGCCAGCAGCGUCAAGCUUACUUCACCCCGAUCCAACCCCAACACGGAGGAAGAUUCCACCAGAACAACUCGCAGCCCGUCAUGUUCCCGCCCCACGGAUUGGCUCCGACCAUGCCUUAUAACCCGACGCCCAUUCGGUACCAAGCCCCUUCCGUCGGGUCGGUCCCUCCAGGCGCGUUUCAGGGGCAGCACGUUUCAUCGCAGGCGGAUGGGACUUCCCACCCGUAUUCCGACCCUUACAACCCCACCGCGAUGAGUCGGAUGCCUCCAGGAGCCAUGGGCCACCCGUAUCAGUCGGCCGUCCCUCCUCAAAUGGGCUACCCAGGUGUACAGGCGAGCAGAGCUCUUAGCGACAGGGAAACGGACCGCCUGAAGAAGCGUCUUCUGGAAGCCAUCGCGGACACCGAAGACUUGGCGCAAGACUUGGAUACGCUGUCGCACGCGCUUAAGACCCCGGCGGACUCCAUUCGCAAUGUGAUCACUGAUGAUGAUCGGUUCCAGCUUUCGCAGAACAAGUUAUCGUUGCAGAUAAAUUUGUCUAUUUGCAACGACCACUUGACGGAUGACGGCUGCGAGAACGAUUCCUGCCGAUCCUUGCACAUCUGCUCCAAAUUCUUAGCGAAACUUUGCACGGACCCAAAUUGCGAAGACGGUCACGAUCUGGACUCGUCGCACAACAAACGUGUUCUCAGCCAACAAAAACUGGAUAAAAUCAAUCCCGAUCUGCUGAGGAAGCUGCUGAAUCCAGGCUCGGUACUCCCCGACCUCUGCGAAGAUUACAACGUCGACUUUUGCAGCCAGGGGAAUAAAUGCCGCAAGAUGCACAUCUGUGCCGAGUUCUUCACGAAUGAUUGCAGGGAAUGCCAGCUCAACCACAGCAUCAUGGAUUCCCAAUGUCAACGACUGCUCCAGCAGGCCAACGUGAAACUGAACCGAUCCCCGAAAGAACUCAGGAUAUACUUGAAAAAGCAAUGCAUCGCCAACGCCGUAGAAAUCUCGAAGCGGAAGAGAGAAGCCGAAGAGAGGCCGAAGGGAAAUCUACAAGGAAGAUCGUCGAAACAGCCAAACCGCGAGAUAGAGUCGAUAUUCCCCAGCCCCAAGACCGUGCCAUUUAUCAACGAAGAGCCAAAAACUAAGCCGAUGUCACUGGCUCAGAAAAUGAAGAACGACUGCAGGGACAUUGAUGGGUUCAUCCGCGAAUUGCCAAAGAAGAAAGUGAUGGAAGACAGAAAAAAUCAACUGGCCAAAUACGAAGUCGGCGACGGAACGGGCAGCGGAGGAGGAAAGGUCCUCAUGGUCGUCGGAGCAACUGGAGCAGGGAAAAGUACCCUCAUCAAUGGAAUCGUGAAUUACGCAUUCGACGUGGAGUGGGAAGACGAUUUCCGUUUCAAGCUGAUCGUGGACGAAGGACUUGGUCAGCUAAAGUCUCAAUCCAAGAGUCAGACAAAGUGGAUCACGGCAUACGUUCUCAAUAAACAACAGGGAUUCAAUCUGCCCUAUACCUUGACGGUCAUCGAUACCCCUGGGUUUGGGGACACGGAAGGCAUCAAAGCGGACGAAGCACUGAAGAAUCAGAUUCGCGAAUUUUUCUCCCACGGUGGGAACAUCGGCGUGGAUCAACUCGACGGGAUCUGCUUCGUCGUCCAGGCCGCCCUGGCCAGGCUCACGCCCACGCAGAAGUACAUCUUCGACUCCAUCUUGGCAGUUUUUGGGAACGAUGUCGUGGAGAACAUCUUCGUUCUCAUCACGUUUGCAGACAGCCAGGCCCCGCCUGUCAUUUGCGCCAUCGACGAUGCGGGCAUUCCCUACAAGAAAUCGUUCAAGUUCAACAAUUCCGCUCUCUUUGUGAAACGGUGGAUCGAACCCGCAAACGAGGAAUUCGACAAGUUUUUCUGGAAUAUGGGUUUCACUAGCUUCAAAAAUUUCUUCCAAACCUUCCAAACCACCAAACCCGUGAGCCUCACCCUGACGAAGGAAGUUCUGAAAGAACGGCAACGCUUGGAGGCUGCCAUCCAAGGCAUCCAACCGCAAAUCACCGCAGCAUUGGGAAGGUUGGAGCAGCUGCGGCAAGAAUAUGCAGCAUUGAAGCAGCACGAAGCAGAAAUUAUCGCCAACAAGGAUUUCGAGUACAAGGUGGAGGUCUCGAAGCAGAAGAAAAUACCACUGGAAGCGAAUGAGUUCGUGACGAACUGUCUGAUAUGCCACUUCACUUGCCAUUAUCCCUGCUUCAUACCCAAGGACGAAGAAAAGGAUCAAUGCAAUGCGAUGGACGAAACGGGCUCGUACUGUACGGUCUGUCCUAACUGCUGUCCACCGACGGAGCACGUGAAUGCCGAUUAUCGCUUGGAAUGGUACCAGGAAGAGGAAUUCAAAACGUACGCUAACUUGCAGGCAAAUUACGAGCAGGCUACUGGAAAGAAGAUGAAUGCCCAAGAGAUCGUGAAGGAACUCAUCAAGGACUUCAAUAAAGAGAGGGUUCACGUUCUGGACCUCACCACAAAAGCGCACGAAUGCCUGCAGAAACUCCAGAAAAUAGCUUUGAAGCCCGAUCCACUGGGGGUGACGGAAUACAUCGAUCUCAUGAUCGAGGCGGAAAAACGGGAUGCUGCACCCGGCUACCUCCAGCGGAUCACUUACCUCGAAGACGCACGUCGCAAAGCCGAAUUGGCCGAGAAGCUCAGGGGCGAUUUCGAUCCGUUUGAAACGUAUAUGAAGGAAUUCGAGCAAGAAGGCUUGGAUAUAUCUUGCUUCGAUCCUGAAGACGCUGGAACUCAAUCCGCGAGCCAGGGGAAAGGUUUUCUCAAUAACCUGGCUAAAGGUAUAAAGAAUACCCUUGGCAUCGGUGGCAAGAAGUAGAUAAUAGAAAAUAUGCAAAGUGUAAGUAGUGAUCAACGUCACGAUAAGAUGAUCAGUGAUCACGUCCAGAUGAAAAAAAGAAAAAAAAUUGUCGGUAUUAUGAUAUUCAAUGAUAGCAGGAGGUGAUAAUUAGUAUAAUCAAAGGAGAUCUCAUAUUAACGUUUCAUGUAUGAUUGGAUCAAUUCAUUUUGAAUGACUGUUCCUUUUAAUCUUCGAAGUGAAAAAGGAAAAUAAUGAGUUUUAUGUACAUCAUUAAAAUAAAUCCGGUUAGUUUUAAGAUGCCAUACCCGUACUAGUCCUACCUAUGAGGGUUCCGCCAGUAAUUUAGCAAUAUGAAUUUCACAUUGUCUUUUGUAUAAAGGUCGUACAAAGAUACAAGGUCCUGAAUGCCACGCUCAAUGCUAGUUUACAAACGAUUUCACGGUUUAUUCCUUUCCACCUGAAGUAGGACACUAUUGCGUCAGGUAUUAAAACAAUAUAAGCAUGAGCCUGAAGCGAUGAUUAAUAUAUUCCUCAGGUGGCAAAUUUGGAUUCAAAUAAGGAUUUUAGAAAUACGAUGAAAGAAUGAUUCUUGACCUGGAACAUGUGCUGGUCACGGCAUGUGACGUUUAUUUAAAUUACACUUUAUGAUCUUUACUAUUUGGAAAUGGGAAUGGACGUGUUCGAGGGUGAAUAAUAUGUUCAAUACGCGUAUCAGUUCUUUCUUUUGAAAUGUAAGCUCACUUGCUAUGUCUUUGACUCUUGUCACAGCUACAGUAUUACAUAGUAAACUAUGAAGUGAGAAUGAAAUAAAUGCUUCAUCAAAAC